CGCAUGAAUCGUUUUCCUCCUGACCUGGCGGUGCAAAAGGGAGUACCUUCUCUUUCUCUGACAAAAUGACAAUCUUGGCUUUUGGAGACACGUACUUGGCUGUCAGAACAACAGGCAGAGAACCGACUUUGUUGCUAACCGCGGCUGUUUUGUCGAUCAGAUCCGCUCCGAUGAGCACAAUAUCUAUGUCCUUCGCUGCGAUGCCAACACUUGCAUCAGUGUGGAUUAUCAAGCGGGUCUUGGCCUUGGAAUUGUUGGCGCAUGAAGCAAUUGACUGUGCCAUCUUGACACCUUCGAAGAGUGGUCGGGAUUCGAGCACAUGAACCUCCACAGGUCGCGAAGUAUUUCCCAUAACGUGAGUGAUGGCCGAGGUGAUAGUUGAACUAGAGGAGAGGGUAAGGAUCUUGAGUGGUCCGCCCCCCGAUAGAUGCUGCUCUAUGAAAGCCUGGAACAUCGCGCCAGUUCUUGAAGUGGUAUUCUGUCGGUCGCGGGCGUAAUCCCCCAAGGCUCUGACGGUAUUAUCGAUCGAGCUCUUAUCUAGUGGACCGCUGGGUGGGAUUCCGUCUUGAACUAUGUCCAAAGCCGAUAGAACAACACCCAAGAUAGACGCGCCCAUACUUUCUCGCCCGUUCUUCCACAGGUGCCAUCCCGCAAACCUGAUAUUGUUCCACCACUGAACUUGAUCAGUGGAAUCGAGUUUCUUAAUAACAUCGAUAUAGGUAUCGAGAGCCUUCGUAGCUAGCUGGCGCGCUCCGCUUUCGUGAUCUUCCUGCAGAGCGACCAAGCCCCGGCUAAGCGUGUUGCCUGCCACUUCGCCCAAGUCAACGUUGAACCACACCCUUCUAAGACUCUCUAGGAUGCGCGGAACGCCCUCGAAGUCAUCUGAGUCGUUGAUUGCGUCUGGAUCGAACCAUUCGUACCCCUCAUGCUCCCAGUCAAUUUUGAUGCCAGCCUCACCGCGGCCACCGUCGCUCCCGGAUUUGAGAACGAAACCGAAGGGGUUGACAGUCCACUCUCUCCCAAUAGACUCAUCAGCGAACGAGAAUGGUUUGCCCUUCCGAAAAAGGCGUAAAGAGUCAUGCGUAAGAGUUGUUUCCUCAGCAAGUUCCCUCCAGGCUGUGGCAAGAGGAUCCGCGUCAGUGUCAUCUACACUUCCAGAAAUGCCUGCAUAUUUGUGCCUUAGUAUGUAAGCACGGGUUCACUGAUAAGGUAAUACACUUUGCUUACUGAUAUGUAUUUACGUGACCGCUCCGGCGGAAGAGAGCGACCUGGGGUUUCUUGGCCUCACCGUCAGCGGGGAAUCUGAAGAUGAAGCUUGUCGCGACGUCUCUGUGUUUGAGAGGUGCCAUUCGUGACGAAAGACUGUAGAUCUUGGACGGUCAAAGAUGACAACGCGAGAUCAAGUGCAUGCCGCGAGUCGUUUCGGAAGCGAAAAGAUGAGACUUUGGGAUGCUGGGUAGGAUUUUCGUGGGUGAGACAAUUGGUACCUUACGCAUGGGAACCCAAGGGAGGAAGGAAGAUUGCGAGAAUACCACAUGCUUCAUCACAUGACUGUCACACGUCACUCUCCUCAAUUACAUCAAGACAGAAGCGAUAAUUAUGAAUUAAGUUACCAGGAAUAUCCUUGUCUCUCUUAUCUCCAUGUUUGAAUCCGAUCAUA